UUCCUUUUAUUUUAAGUAGCUCACUAUAAAAAUAUUAUGUGUAAUAGUGUAACACCACUCGCUUAAAAAAGUACUUGUGCAGCAUGGCCCAGUCAUUUUUGUCAAAUAUUACUGGAUAAUUAUUUCUAUUGCAUGUACGCCUUUUAAUGUAUAGGGAGAGAAGCUUCCAUUUCUAUUUCUUAGGUACUGUUUCAUAUUCUAAUCUAUAACAAAAUAUGAAUGCAUCAAAUACAGACAAAGUAUAAGCACCUCAACAUGAUGGUCGAUUUACAACCCCGGGUGACAGUUAGGCGUGUUUUACAUUGCACAUUAAUGCGCAUGUGCUAUAGGUGGCGAAUCUGAAACUCUGAAAUCUCUCAGAGGGCUUUUUGUUUGGACGCUACAAGUAAAAACAGAACGGCCUGUUUUGAUACAUUGUAGCUCAGACCGUCUGGACGGCGACUGUCUGUGUUUGCUGCGCUCCGAUUGGUCGGUCACAGCAGGAGGCGUGGCCUCGUCAUAACAAUACAUUCAAGCAGCACACGCGCGCCAAGGAAUGUUUACUGUGGUUGUGUAGCAAACGUUUUUCUUUACCCACGUUUAAAGCUGUUUCCUGCUCAGGUGGACGCUGCGUUUAUUUGACGGACCAGUCUUUUUUGUCUGGGGGAAACGGAUCCCCUAUGCGGCAAAGGGAAUCGUGUUUAGUUAGCUGACAGGCGUUAGCAAGCUAACAGCGGCUCCGUUCGUCAUUGUCCGAAUCUCCCGGGGUGACAACAGUCGAUUUGACAGUCAGCUAACGGUUGUUUGCAACGGGUCAUGGUGGCCAGUUAGGUUCGAGGACAACUUGAUGGGACACGCCAUUUCGGAGGCUGAAAACAUCUCCCGUCUCCCCCUUCUUCCAGCGAGCAAACUAGCAAAGAAAAGGUUAAGACAAUCAGGCAACAUACGAGUGCCUCCACUGCACAGUUUCCAUUCCCAGAGUGUGAUUCGUCUGCACGACGUCACCAAUGCGACCAUGGGAAAUAGCAGUAAAUAGGCUGUCACCAACAGCCCCCCUAAAUCCAAGGAGGUUCCUUGGAGAGCCCUGCCACGUCCCGGUGCAGUUCAGGAGAAGCCCACCAGUGAGACGCCAGUGGGGACGAGACAGGCCUGUACUGCACACUUCUCUGGUCCAGGAUGAGAACUUCCAUCAUCUGCUUUUCUCACAGCAUCACCAACAGGUUUCUUUAGAUGAGUCCAGACAUUACAGUCGCACCAGCACACCACCACGCAUGCUUCACCCUGCUGCUCACUUUCCCCAGCAGAGCCCCAUCAUGGUGGAUCUACACGACCAGAUGCACCAGGGAUCCGUUCCAAUAUCUUACACUGUUACAACGGUGACGACCCACGGAUUUCCCAUCCACACCGGGCAGCCCCUUCCGGGGUGCAACACUCAGCAGCUCCCAGCAUGCUCGGUAAUGUUCAGCGGACAGCUCUCUCUGCUCUGCUGCCUUCCUCCUCCUCUCAUACAGGCAUGUACCAUGCAGCAUAUGCCAGUGUCUUAUCAAGCCUUUCCACCCCUGAUUUCCAGCGAACAUUUUGUAUUGCACCCUUCCCCAUCCGUACCCCCCCACCAGCCACCGCACCUUACUCCAUUGAGCCAAUUUAUCCCUUUACAGUCUCAGCACCCACGCAUGCCUCUACAGAGGGUAGACAAUGAAGUUGACCUAAGGGGGGACCAGCACCCAUUAGGGACUUUUUCCUACCCUCCUUCUCAUCACCCACCAGCGCUGCCUCCUUCUCUGCCCCUACAGUAUCUUCCUCAAGAGCCUCUGCAUCAGGAGCUUCCCUUUGGCGUGCCAUAUCCCCACAUGCUGCCCCGGCGAGUGAGUGGACGGAGAUACCGGUUGCAGCAACCGUUACCCCCUCCUCCUCCUCCUCCUCCUCCACCUCCUCCUCCUCCAUCUUACUACACAGGCUUCCUUCCUUACUUCCUGUCAAUGCUUCCUAUGCCUCCAACAUCUGUGGGCCCAGCCAUCAGUCUAGACCUGGAUGUGGAUGAUGUGGAGAUGGAGAACUAUGAGGCGUUACUCAAUCUGGCAGAGAGGCUGGGUGAAGCUAAACCACGUGGACUCACGAAAGCCGAUAUAGAACAACUUCCGUCCUACAGAUUCAACUCAGAGAACCAUCUGUCUGAACAAACGCUGUGUGUUGUGUGCUUUAGUGACUUUGAGUGUAGGCAGCUACUUCGGGUAUUACCGUGUAACCAUGAAUUCCACACAAAGUGUGUGGAUAAAUGGUUAAAGACCAAUCGCACUUGUCCUAUCUGCCGAGCUGAUGCCUCGGAAGUACACCGCGAGGUGGAGUGAGAACUGUCUCUGAGUGCCGAACAGGACCGCCGCACAUACCGCUGUCUCUCCCGGAAUUGGGGACACCCGCCGCCCAACCUGCGUCCACCAGUAAAUAUAGCUUACCAACCUACCGCUCCUGCCCCUUCCAAAACAAUGAGCAACCCAGGGUGGUCUUCUGGAGCCUGUUGUACCUCUGCUGUGCUUCAUUGUCCGAGUGUCAUGAAACCCACUGCCUAUCGCAGCCCAUAGCCAGAGUUCUGGGAUCGCCCGGCCAGUUCCUUCUCUGCCCCCUCGUUGCAGAUUCCAAAGAUUUCCCCUACAAUGCAUUAUUUGCUGCUUUUGUUUACAGGGUUUCAUUUUAAUUUAGUGGAAUUGGUUUUGGAGUUCAUGAAAAGUGGAAUCCUGCAUUGGAAGCGGUGAGUCGGAGGAUGAUGAUGAUAGGCUGGACACCUUGUGCAAUUAGCAGAAAAUAAUAGGAAUACUCCAACAUGGGUAUCUGUGUUUGGAGGCAAUGCCUGACCAUCAUAGAUGCAUGUUUGUGUAGAUAUUGGGCAAAGUGACUUGCUAAUUAUGUACUUUCUGCAAUAAUGUAUUGAUCAUUUCUACAGUUUUACCCCUUAAUUUGUUUUAGAUUUGCAAAUUCUAUUGUGAAAGUGUGAUUUUCUGUGGUUAAAUGCAGAUUCUGUUAAGCCUGAUGUUUAUGGCCUGCAAGUGAUGGGACAUUUCUUCUGCCCCCAAUGAUCCUCUCUGGAGCACCGAUGUGUUUAAAAGCAGUCAUGGAUUAAUGGACUGCAUCGUUUUGAGGUCAUCCGGCAUAACUGCACAAGUGCUACAUCAACCCUCCACGUCAGCAUUGUUCCUCUGGCAAGUGUGUAUGCGUGUGUACAUAUUGUGUGUGUGUAUUGUUUGUCCUGUUGACAAAGCCAAUGCAUUGUGUAACCACUGGAUACAGGGCAGCAUGCUUGGAUUUGCAUGAACUGUUCAUUCAGACUAGCAAUAUUUUAAUCAAGCAUUGCCACCAAAAUUGUCAAAUAUUAGGAAAAAUAAGCGGUAAAAUAAGCAUUGUAAAAACUGUCUGCUGAUUGAGAAAACACAGAGGAGGAAGACUAGCUUGGGGUUCCAACUGCUUUUAAGGAGGAGAACUUUUGUCUGAAUGCUGUGCUGAUGCCAUAAAGCUCUGGAGGUCUGUGCAGAAAGCAAUAUGUGCAGUGAGUGGCAAGUUAUAAAUGAACCUUCUUCCCCUUUUAGGAAGACUGGGAUUUUUAUUUCAUUGUUUGUGAGCCAAAUCCAAUAUACAGAUAUAGCCUAUGUUCAAGAUUUUAUGACCUUGACAAGCACAAACCUAUUAAUAGUCAUUUCCACAUCUUUUUAAAAGCACGCUGUUAAAGAAUUUAUUUAUUUGUUUUAUCGUCUAGAGAAAAUGCAUUGAAGGAAACUGUCGGAGCACUAACAUGUUUGUGUAAUGUAUGCGUUCUAAUCUCUUGGUCAGGUCGUUGUCUUAGGCUGCGGUGAUGGUGUUGUAAAAGAGCAACUAUGUAUCGCUUCAGUGUGAAUGCUUUUAGAAGACGUCUGAAGACAGAAGAAUGUUGUAAACCCUUCGUAGAAGUCGCUGGUUUCACGGCACGAUACGUCAGGCGUGUAUCCCACGUGAUGACGACAGGGUUCGAAUGACACAGAGUUGAAGUGUUCAGUAGUGUAGAAACACUGUUAAUCUUCUGUUUGUGUUCAAGCAAAAAAAAAAAAAAAAAAGACCGGAUACGUUUUCGUAGACGAAUGGACGUUUGCUUUGAAUUCACUCCUAUCUCUUAACUGCCCCACUAAGCACUAACAGGCAGUUGUAACCUUUUGCUUUUCGGUGCAAAGGGAUCUUGCCUUUUCUUUACUUUUCCUUCCUGAAUGUUUUGAGUCUUUGAUCUGUGUGCCACCUUCAAGAGAAAAAAAGAAGCCAUUUAAUGAGUUAGACCCACAGCUUUCAGAAUUAACCUAUGUGUAUAUAUAUCUUUUUGCUGGCAUAUAUUGUAAGUAAAAUAAAAAUAAAAAUCACUCAGGGCCUUUCAGUAUACAAAAAUAAAGGAGAACAGUCCAUUUAAUUAAAAAUGGAAAGGUUGCCAUGAAAGGAUAUAUCUGAUUUUAGAGUGGUUGUUUUCCUCAGACCACAAAUAAUUUAAUGUAAUCAAUUAUAACAUUCAGUUUUGUCAGAAUUAGUAGAUUAGUAGAUUACAUCAUUUAAAGAUGGGCAUGCAAGAAAAUAAGAUCAGUAAAUAUGUGAUUAAUAUUCACUGAAAAGAGGCAAUAUACACCGCAACUCAUUACACGUGUGUACUUUUGUUCUUUCACCCAAACCAUAUGCUUGACAUAGGGGUUGUGAUCAUUUUUCUAAACGUGCCGCGGUGCGCACUAUCCUACCUAUUUCACUCCUAAAUCUACUUCAGAGGUGUUCUGCAUGAAAAAAAAUUAAAAAAAAGUUAAACAAGUUUGUUAUAGUGAAGGACAUCUCAAAUUAUGGUGGAGACCUAUUUAAUGGUGCACAACAUGCAUGCUUGUCGACCAGAUCCCAACUGAUUUUUAGCUCUAUUUGGGUUCUGGAGGUUUGGAUCUUAACACUCAGCUGAUAACUGCCAUGCAUUGUACUGCACACAUUUGUAUUAGAACUGAAUGACUACAAGAUUUUAUUGCGCUAACUACAUUUUCUAUAUAAAAUUGUCUUGAUUCCAGAGUUCUUACAUCCGUUGUGUUACUGUUAUUGCCCCAACGACUGAAAAUAACAUGCUCUGAAACUACUGUAGUUAAUCGAAAGCCAUAGUGAAACGGUGCUAGAUGUUCUGCUUUUAGGUAUGAAAACUCACUCGCGUGAAUGCAAUAGUUUGUCAUGAAUCCAGUGUAUUCUUAAAGCAUGUUCUACUAAUACCCUAAACAUGUCAGUCAGUGAAAAUCAAUAUAGUUUAUGGGAUUUAAAAAGAAGAUUAAAGUGUUGUCAUUCUUAUUUCAGUGUAGUACUGUACCUGCCUAUCAGGCCCUUGCUCUCAGUGUAUCUUAAAAUGUAUUGUUCACAUAUAGAUACCUUAAUUGAUGUUAAUAUUAGCACUCUUAUUUUGAAAUUUGUAUUUAAUUGAUAAUAUCCAGCUACCCUGACAAAUAAAAAGCUAACCUUCCCUUAAGGUCUAGGUAAACCUUUAUUGACAACUGAAAAUAGAGUCUUGUAGUCUUUCUGUUACGAGCUUUUAAAUAAUCUCACAGCUUGUGUGAUGCAAAAAUGUUUUCCAAUAAGCAGCUAAAAUUUAUUUAGGAUUUGUGAUGGAUUGCUCCAUAGAUGCCGUUUCUUGUUUACCAUUGAACUUUGCUGUGGUGGGAUAGUGGUUUACUGUUUUUACUCUCCCUGGGCUCUAGGGGUCCUCGCCUGAACACCCGACUACCCACCCGCCAUUAGAGCCAGGGGCAUGUGUUCUGUGUUUGGCAGAUGUUUUGCUUUGGUACUUGCACAUUUACAGUUACCUCAUUUUUUUCCAUGUUUGUAUUGGGUGGGGGAGACAACUAAUAUAUAUUAUAUACAGGAAAUAGUUCUUAUUAAUGUUAUAAUUUUCAUUCCAUUGGAAUCCUAUUGUUUGUAGCAUUUAACAUAACUAGUUUGUGUAUUAUAUAUACAUCUGUAUACUGUUUGAAAUUUUUAAGAUUUGUACUUUUUUUAAAUGACAGUUGCUAGUUAUGCUUUGCCAAGUAGUGCAAUCAUUUCUUCUUAAUUGUGGCUGAUUUGAAAGGGUUGUUCAAUAAUAAAUGUAUAAUGUAUACCAAUA